AUGGGGAAGAACAGCAACAUGUGCUGCUUGUCUCUUCUUCUUCUACUUCUUGCAAAUUUGGCGUCCGGCCAUCAAGUCCUGUUUCAGGCGUUCAACUGGGAGUCGUGGAGGCAGAGGGGCGGUUGGUAUAACAUGAUGAUGGGGAAGGUCGAUGACAUAGCCGCCGCAGGAGUCACGCACGUCUGGCUACCGCCACCGUCGCACUCCGUCGCCAGCGAAGGUUACAUGCCUGGUCGACUGUACGACAUUGACGCCUCCAAGUACGGGAAGGCAGCGGAGCUCAAGUCGCUGAUCGGCGCGUUCCACGGCAAGGGCGUGCAGGUGAUCGCCGACAUCGUCAUCAACCACCGUUGCGCCGACUACAAGGACAAGCGCGGCAUCUACUGCAUCUACGAAGGCGGCACCUCCGACAGCCGCCUCGACUGGGGCCCCCACAUGAUCUGCCGCGACGACACCACCUACUCCGACGGAACCGGCAACCUCGACACUGGCGCCGACUACGAUAGAGCGCCGGACAUCGACCACCUCAACGCCCGCGUCCAGCGCGAGCUCACCGCGUGGCUCCUCUGGCUCAAGAGCGAUUUCGGCUUCGACGCGUGGCGCCUCGACUUCGCCAGGGGCUACUCACCGGAGGUCGCCAAGGUGUACAUCGAUGGCACAUCCCCCAGCCUCGCGGUGGCUGAGAUAUGGGACGGCAUUUCUACGGGAGGCGACGGCAAGCCGGAAUACGACCAGGACGCGCACCGGCAGAGGCUGGUCAACUGGGUGGACAAGGUGGGCGGCGAGGCAUCGGCGGGCAUGGUGUUCGACUUCACGACCAAGGGCAUCCUGAACGCCGCCGUGGAGGGCGAGCUGUGGCGGCUGAUCGACCCGCUGGGGAAGGCCCCCGGCGUCAUGGGGUGGUGGCCGGCCAAGGCCGUCACUUUUGUCGACAACCACGACACCGGUUCCACGCAGGCGAAGUGGCCAUUCCCGUCCGACAAGAUCAUGCAGGGCUACGCAUACAUCCUCACCCACCCUGGCAUCCCAUGCAUCUUCUACGACCAUUUCUUUGACUCGCGGUUCAAGAAUGAGAUCGCGGCGCUAGUGGCGGUGAGGAAGCGCAACGGCAUCACGGCGACGAGCGCGCUCAAGAUCCUCAUGCACGACGGCGACGCGUAUGUGGCGGAGAUCGACGGCAAAGUGGUGGUGAAGAUCGGUUCCAGGUUCGACGUCGGGGCCGUCAUCCCGGCUGGUUUCGUCACGUCCGCCCACGGCAACGACUACGCCGUCUGGGAGAAGGCCGGCGCCGCGGCAACCCUCCACCGGAGCUGA